AUGCAGCGCCACAAGAUACUGUUCAUUGACGCCUACGACUCAUUCUCGAACUCGAUUAUCGCUUUGCUGCGAGCAGAGCUUUCUGUGGCUGUCGAUUGCAUUAAGAUAGACGAUCCUCGCUUCGUCCUCAACGACGAAGUGUUCUACAGCCAUCUCGAUGGCUACGAUGCAGUGGCUGCAGGCCCAGGACCUGGACAUCCUGCGAACGCCGGGGACAUUGGAUUGAUUGGAAAGCUAUGGGAUCUUCCGCACGAACACCUCUUGCCUGUUCUUGGGAUCUGUCUCGGCUUCCAAAGCCUCUGUCUCGCCUAUGGCGGCAAUGUCGUCAAACUGCUUGAGCCGAGACACGGGAUCAUGGCUAUCGUUGAGCACUGCGGCGAUGAUAUCUUCUCAAACACGGGAAAGAUUGUUGCCACCCAAUAUCAUUCUUUGCACGUUCAGCUCGAGACAGGUCAUACCAGUGGCCGAGAUUCCCCCGAGAGCGAUGGUGAUCCGGAAGAUCACGCAUGGAAGCCAUCUCAACGAUGCCCACAUCUCAAGCCACUAGCCUGGAAUCUGCUGAACGUGAACAAUGGUCCAAUCUUGAUGGCCGUGCGGCACUGUGACAAGCCAUUUUGGGCCGUCCAGUACCACCCCGAGUCGAUCUGCACCAACCAAGAAGGACAGAAACUCGUUGCGAACUGGUGGAGUGAAGCCUGUCGGUGGCGGAAAUGGGGACGUCUUUCCGAUGUGCAGAGAGUGGAUGACGCCGCAGAAGACGUUGAUGUCGGCAAGCCGACGGUCGACGUUGAGGCAGAAAGUGUAUCUGGGAGAACUGUCACCUGGCGUACCGCGGAAGGAGAUCUGCCGGAUGUCGCGGCCAUCGUCGAAUCUUUCCGGGACAGUACCAACACUGGAGAACCGCUGCUACUUGAAUCAGGUCUGCGAAACAAUCAACCCAUCAACUCCAAAACUGGCCACACCAGCAUAAUUGGCCUACCUGGCGUGAAAUCGAAUCAGAUACGCUAUUUCACGAACCGCAGAAUUUUAGAAGUGAUCGAAGACGACACGAUCAUUUCAAGUAGACCGACCACCAUAGACGAGGUCUUCUUAUACAUCGACGAGUAUAUGCGGGAACGACGCAUGGUCGAGGGGCCAGCGAAAUCGACAUUCUGGGGCGGCCUCAUCGGCUAUGUCUCGUAUGAAGCUGGCCUGGAGACGAUUGAAGUCAGACCCUGCGAUGUCAACCCUUCGAGGCCAGACUUGCUGUUUACCUUUGUAGAAAGGAGUAUCGUGAUCGACCACACCACUGGCAUCGCAUACAUCCAGUCAAUCCGCCCUGACGACACUGAAUGGGUGCAAGAAGCUCGAUCUCAGCUCCAAAACCUGGCCGCGAAGCCAAACCCUCCGCAGCACCUCCCCGCAGACCUGGUCUCCGCGAAUCUAUCUACAGGCCCUGCCCAGGACAUCUACAUCAACCAAGUCAAAGCCUGCCAAGCCGAGCUCCGAGCCGGCGAAUCCUACGAACUCUGCCUCACCGAUCAAUCAACUCUCCAAACCCCAGCAGACCCCUGGUCCCUCUACUGCAAGCUCCGCCUCAAGAACCCCGCCCCCUUCAGCUCCUACCUCCACAUCUCCUCCCCCAACGCCUCAGGCCUCUCCAUCGCCAGCACCAGUCCCGAACGCUUCCUAUCCUGGUCCCGCAGAGGACAAUGCCAGUUCCGCCCCAUCAAGGGCACAGUCAAGAAAGGACCAGACAUGACGAGGAAGAAGGCUGAGGAGAUUCUUGGGUCGGCGAAGGAGCGUGCGGAGAAUUUGAUGAUUGUGGACCUUAUUCGCCAUGAUCUCGCUGGCGUGAUUGGGGAGAAUCAAGUCCGUGUGCCGAAGCUGAUGUCCGUGGAGGAGUAUGAGACUGUCUAUCAGCUCGUGUCUGUCAUUGAAGGGAAUCUCGGUACGAAUGCGUCAGGCGCAUCUGUUCUUGCGGCAUCAUUACCGCCGGGCUCCAUGACUGGAGCUCCGAAGAAGCGGUCUUGUGAGCUGCUCCAGAAGAUCGAACGUGGCCAGCCGAGGAGUCUGUACAGUGGGGUGAUUGGGUACUUCGACGUCGGUGGUGGCGGUGAUUUCUCUGUGGUGAUUAGGACUGCUUUCAAGUGGGAUGACGAUGCUGACUGGCGUGUUGGCGCUGGGGGAGCGAUCACCGUGCUCAGUGAGCCGGAGGCGGAGUGGGAGGAAAUGCUAACGAAGCGGGAGAGCGUGCUUCAGUCGCUGAACUCUUAA